AUGUUUAGGGAUGUGCAAAUUGAGUUUGUGAAGAAGGCUGAUUGUAGAGUCUCUGUAGUUGCUGAAGAGGGGCCAUCUGUAUGCAUGAAGGUGGAAGACAAAAAAUUAGUCAACGAUACUAUUCUUUGCGUUCUAUACGACAUCCACUUUGAUAGUUCCACACAGGAGGUUCGUUGUGAAUACAAUCUUUUUGAGAGUUCAGGUGUGUUGUGCUGUCACUAUCUUGCAGUUUUUCAUUCGUAUAAAGUGUAUAAAGUACCUACCUAUUAUGUUCUCCCUCGAUGGUGCAAGAACAUAAAGCGCAAGCAUACUUAUGUCAAGAGUAGUCACGACUUCAGUCAGUCGGAUGAGAGUCAUACUGAAUUCAGGGGAUCAUGUGCACACUUUUACAACAUUGCUCAAGAGUUCGUCAAUGACGACGACAAAACAGCAUUGCUGCAUGCUGCUCUGGAAGAAACAAGGGCCAAGCUGACCGCACACCAUGCCAAGAAGAGGUUCGAGAGCAUGGUGGACACCCACACCAGCAUUGGCUCACAGGGUUCGAACGUUGUCAGUGUAGUCGACAUCCAAGUCCCAUCGAAGGUCACCACAAAGGGCCGGCCAAAGAGUAAGAGGCUCGGUGCUGCCCUGGAGUAG